AUGAAGUACGGUGCGACCAUCUGCAUGAGGCCGAUCAGUCGAAGAACAGGAGAUGGUGGCGAAAGAUGGGUCCAUAGGCUCGGCGAGGACUAUGAUGCAGUGUGGUUUGAAUCGCCCAGGUCCUUCGUCUACCAAAUGGACAACCAAUCACUGCGUCCAGAGCGCGCUCUUACGGGUGCCCAGUUUUACAUACUCGCCUCGGAUGUAAGCAUUCGUGUCCUCCGAAGGCGCGCGGCGGGCUUCGGCUUCGGCUUUGCUCGGCCGAAUGCCGUAUGCGUGAAUUCACCCAGUCGCGGUGCCACUGCCAACCAUGGGUGUGCAAGGCUUUACGUCUAG